GGUGAGCAAGUAGGGAGAGACCUGUUCAUUGACGGACUCCGCAAUCGAACAAUAAGGACUAAGUUGCGAAAGCAGUUUUCCCCCAUCACUCAUACGCUACAACAAAUUAUGGCUGCCGCGGAAGAAAUGGAACGGAAGUUCACAGUGAACUUCCUGGAAGGAGAAGACUAUCCUAGAGACGGGGACUUGACCGAGCUCGUAAUAGCGAGAGCAAAACUGGCUGCUUUGCAGAACAAAUUUGAAAAUAUGGGAUUUGUAUCAGGACCUGUCACUUAUAUGGAACGGAUAGGCCCCAAACGAGUAAUCCUAAGCGAGACUUCGAGCAUCUCUGCUCCUAUGAUGGCCCCGCCCGUCAGGGCAUUACCCCCACCGCCGGUUGAGGCUCCCCUACGAUCGAACGAAUCCGCGGCCAUUUUCGAACUGACCAAGACUUUGAUUAGUUUGAUCCAAGAAAGCAAAAAGGAACAGCGAGAGCACAAUGCUCGACUGGAAGCCAUGAUGAGGAACAUGCGACCUAUUGCGGUGCGUGCCCCUCCGAUGCAACAAGGAUUAGCCCCUGCCCCGGCUCUCGGAGGAGCUGCGAACAAUCUGAAUGUCUGUUAUGCCUGUCAUGAACCCGGACAUCUAGCCCGUGAUUGCCCCCACCGACCCCCGCAGCAGCGGAUCGGAGUCGCACCUAUGGCUGCGGCCCCCAUCACCAAUGGACCUGGACGAGUCGGAGCCUUGAUGGAAGAAGUAGAGGGUGGGGGAAGUGCCUUGGCCACCACGGAAGAGGCCGCCGAGCUAAUUCCGCUAGAUCAGUAUGUGUUGCUGGGAUAUCCUGGACUAGGAAUGAUCGAAACAAUCAGACCAGCACCAAAACCGAAAGAAGUGGCGGAGUGGCGUCCGUCCUUAGGAGAAAUGGAGUCGGGAGGACCCACCUUCGUCACAGGAGAAAUCGAUGUAUUACACAUUAUCCGAGCUUUGGACCAUCGGAUUCCACUACCGAUCGGUCAUCUACUCUCGAUCUUUGAGCAAGCCAAUGAGCGAAUGCUACAGCAUUGCAAAGCAAACCGAAAGCGAUUUGCCCUUGCCCGAACACCAAGUGCCAAACUCAAGGGACCCGCGCCGGAAGAAAACCCAACAAGCACUCCGGACCCAAUACGGGUGGGAUUAAUUCAGAAAGACGAUCACUUCUUACAGAUUAAACCGAUUCCGUGGAAGUCCGCGGAAUGUGAUAUUGAAAUUUGGGGAAUUCCUUACAAUGCGAUAAUAGAUUCAGGAGCAGCUGUGUUGGCUAUCUCACUAAGAGUGGUCGAAAGGGCCGGUAGGAAAAACGACCUAAUCAUGCUCACCGAGAAAGAUCAGCUCGUUUCGGCAGAUGAGGCAAAGAUUAAAACUGUGGGGAGAAUGACCAAUGUCGCCUUCCGAUUAGGAAAAAUACACGCGCUUGGGGAUGUCGUAGUACGAGAUGUUAGUACGUAUGAUGUUUUUUUCGGACUUCCUGCCCUUGUGGCGUUACGAGCAAACUUGGAUUUCGAACGACAAGCGAUCGUCCUCCGAAAUACAGGAGGAAAACCCUACGCUGUGCCCAUGCGAUUGACCCUUCGCACUGCUAUUAACGCGGUUCCGCGGGUUUCGCCAAUGAUGGCAGGGACUCUCCGCAUGAUCUCCUGGGACGAACCUGCAGAAGGGGAGCCAUCAACUGAUGAUGCGGAAAGCAGUGACGAAGAUGAUCCGAAAAUCUUGAAAUUGUGGGUUCGAUGCCCGAUGGGGAUUUGCAAUGCGCCUGCCACGUUUCAACGAGCAAUGAACAUGACGUUCCAGAAUUUCGUCAACAAAACACGGCUAACGCAAGGGAUGAUUAACUUCUGCGUGAUCGUGUACAUGGACGAUAUCCUGGUCUAUUCGAAAACCUAUCACGGGCACGCGCAACAUAUUGAAUGGACAUUGGGCGCGCUGAGAGACGCUGGGUUCAAAAUUGCGCUUGAGAAGAGCGAAUUUUUCCUCUCGGAAAUUUCGUUCUUGGGUUAUGGUUAUGUCGUGACACGUGGAGGACUGCGGCCAGACUCGAGAAAAGUUGCGGCGGUAAAGGAAGCUCCGGUUCCCACGUCACUAACGCAGGUUCGAGCCUUCUUGGGACUAGCGUCGUAUUACCGGUGCUUCAUCAAGGGCUUUGCCGCGAUUGCACGACCACUGACGAAUCUGUUACGGAAGGACCAGCCCCUCAAUUGGGACGCGGAGUGCCAGCAGGCCUUUGCAAUCCUUAAAGACGCUCUGGCAAUGGCCCCUAUUCUGAUUCGACCGGACCCCUCGAAGCAGUACAUUCUCAUCACGGACUGGCAACCGGAAACUAUUUCCGCUAUUUUAGCGCAGAAGGGGAACGACGGUCGCGAACACGUCAUCGAGUACGCGUCUCGAACCAUACCGGACGAACGAAGAAACGACUCCGCACCUCAAGGCGAGUGCUAUGUGGUAGUUUGGGGAAUCCAGCACUUCCAUCCGUAUCUCUACGGACAAAAGUUUCUCCUCGUAACGGAUCACGAGCCUCUGCUGGCGUUGAAGAAGCUCACCAACUACACGGGCAUGAUUGGCCGUUGGGCGGUGCGAUUGCAAGAAUACGACUUCGAUAUCGUCCAUCGAAAGACAGAGCGACACGGCAACGUGGACGGGUUGACACGUCUGCACCGACCUGUCAAGGACGAGGAGGUAAGGAGAGCAGACGAAGAAGAGGAAGAAGAAGAGCCAUCGAGUGAGGAAAGGGACGAUCCGGACUACGUACCGGAUAGAGAGGCAGGGAUAGCCGGCGAAUCAAACCAGCCGCAGGCGCAGGACAAGGGGGGGGAACUAGAAGAAGAAGAAGGAAGCGGGCUAUCAGGAUCGGAGUGCGAAGGAUUCGAGGCUGAAGUGCGCGACGCGGCUCGAAAACGAGCGCGAGAGCGGAGGAAACGGAAGCGUCGGAAAACCGCGGAGGGAAAGCAACCCGCAACAGACGUGUCCUCUGUCGAUCCGUCGAUCGGAGACCCCGUGGCGUGAUCCAGAGCCGCCAGAAGAGGAAGACGAUGGAACCACAGCAGAGGGAUCACGGAGCCGAAGAAGAAGAAGUGAGUCGCCAUCUCCCUCCGCU